AGAAGGAGGAGGCAGACCAGGAGCCCCAGCAUCAUCCUCAGCAUCCUCCUCCUCUUCCUCUCUCGCCUUGUGGCCCGAUGGCCGCGAAGAAGAGCCCCCCGGCUUACCUGCACCUGGCCGAGGUCACCGCCUCCCAGUUCCUGGACAUUUGGAAGCACUACGACGCCGAUGGGAAUGGCUACAUCGAAGGCAAAGAACUAGAGAACUUCUUCCGAGAGCUGGAGCGCGCCAGGAAGGGGGCUGGCAUGGAGUCCAAAAUUCCCAACUUUGCCGAGAAGAUGCAGGAGUUCAUGCGGAAAUAUGACAAAAACGCCGAUGGGAAAAUUGAGAUGUCUGAGCUGGCGCAGAUCCUUCCCACCGAGGAGAACUUCCUUCUGUGCUUCCGGCAGCAUGUCAGCUCCAGUGCCGAGUUCAUGGAGGCCUGGCGGAAAUAUGAUACGGAUCGCAGCGGUUACAUAGAAGCCAAUGAGCUCCAGGGAUUUCUGUCAGACUUGCUAGAGAAGGCCAACAGACCCUACGAGGAACCAAAACUGAAAGAAUAUACGCAGACCAUCCUACGGAUGUUUGACCUGAAUGGAGACGGAAAGCUGUGCCUGUCGGAAAUGUCACGACUGCUUCCGGUGCAAGAGAACUUCCUCUUGAAAUUCCAGGGAAUGAAGCUAGAUUCAGAGGAAUUCAAUGCUAUCUUUGCUUUCUACGACAAGGACGGGAAUGGCUUCAUUGAUGAGAAUGAGCUGGAUGCCCUCCUCAAAGAUCUGUAUGAAAAGACCAAGAAGGAAAUGGGAAUCCAGCAGCUCACCCAGUACAGGAAGAGUAUCAUGAAUCUCUCCGAUGGAGGAAAGCUUUACCGCAAGGAGCUGGAAAUCGUCCUCUGCAAUGAGCCCCCGCUGUGA